GUGCAUGAUGAGAGCGAGCAGCCUAAUUGCUCUCCCUGCAUCCGCAGCAUCUAUAAAGCAUCCUGGGAAUUGCUCGCCCUACGUUCAGAGCAGCUCUACGUUCAGAGCAGCUGGUCACAUGAGCCUGAAUUUUCAGUUCAGUUCAUUAGUCAGCCAUUUUGGUCAACACCCUGCUUACUGCGCACAACCAAUCCUAUUAGAACUCAGCAUCCCGGCUCAUGUGAGCAGAUCCUGGAAGUGGUUUCUGCAGUUCAGGAUUUUUUUAAGCUAAAUUGAAAAUAUUGGCUUAUUUUUCAUUCAUUUUUUUUUUCUUGUCCUGUUUUUUUCCUGCACAAAGAAGAAGGAUUUUUCACUUAUUCAUGCAGAGGCCAGUUUUUUAAAGCCAGCUAAGGUGGCAUCGGCUGUGCAGGAUUUAAAGCCUAUAGCUCAGCUGAAAAAGAAGGGAGUAGGGAAAGGAAGAUAAAAGGAGAGAAGCUGGGAGAAGACAGCAUCAUCUUAUUUUGCUAUGUGGUAGGAACUGUCUCUGAGGAAAGAUAGUAUAGAAUUAUUUAUCUUGAACAGUUGAUUCUUAAACCAUAAGAUAUUUUUCCUUGUGUUUUUUUUUUUUAACCUCCCACAACCCUUUUUUUGAGAGCUUUGUUCCAGAGCUUUGGAUUUGGGGUUUUUUGGUGAGGAAGUUUUAUUUAUUUUUGUCAGAGGUGUGUGUGUGUUUGUGUGUGUGUGUUGUGGUCCCAGCUGAGUCAUCAUGUCUGCUCUGACGCCUCCGACCGAUAUGCCAACCCCCACCACUGACAAGAUCACACAGGCUGCCAUGGAGACCAUCUACCUUUGCAAAUUCCGAGUGUCUAUGGAUGGAGAAUGGCUCUGCCUGCGAGAGCUGGAUGACAUCUCCCUUACACCUGACCCAGAGCCUACCCAUGAAGACUCUUGGGAGGAUUUGACAGAUUUGGUGGAGCAAAUGCGCGAUGAUACAGAAGAUCCUAAUUAUCUCAUGGCUAAUGAACGCAUGAAUCUGAUGAACAUGGCCAAGCUGAGUAUCAAGGGCUUGAUUGAAUCAGCUCUGAACCUGGGGAGGACUCUGGACUCUGACUACGCACCUCUCCAGCAAUUCUUCGUGGUGAUGGAACACUGCCUGAAACACGGCUUGAAAGCUAAGAAAACUUUUCUUGGACAAAAUAAAUCCUUCUGGGGGCCUCUAGAACUCGUAGAAAAGCUGGUUCCAGAAGCUACAGAGAUAACAGCAAGUGUUAAAGAUCUUCCAGGACUAAAGACACCAGUAGGCAGAGGAAGAGCCUGGCUUCGUUUGGCAUUAAUGCAAAAGAAACUUUCAGAAUAUAUGAAAGCUUUGAUCAAUAAGAAGGAACUUCUCAGCGAAUUCUAUGAACCCAACGCCCUCAUGAUGGAAGAAGAAGGAGCCAUAAUUGCUGGUCUGUUGGUGGGUCUGAAUGUCAUUGAUGCCAAUUUCUGUAUGAAAGGAGAAGACUUGGACUCGCAGGUUGGAGUUAUAGAUUUUUCAAUGUAUCUCAAGGAUGGGAACAGCAGUAAAGGUAGUGAAGGAGAUGGCCAGAUUACUGCAAUUCUGGACCAGAAGAACUAUGUAGAAGAACUCAACAGACAUCUGAAUGCUACUGUAAACAACCUUCAGGCAAAAGUGGAUGCAUUAGAAAAAUCCAACACUAAACUGACAGAGGAGCUUGCAGUUGCAAACAACAGGAUUAUUACCUUGCAAGAAGAAAUGGAACGAGUUAAAGAGGAAAGCUCCUACAUAUUGGAAUCCAAUCGGAAGGGUCCUAAGCAAGACAGAACUUCGGAAGGGCAAGCACUAAGUGAAGCAAGAAAGCAUUUAAAGGAGGAGACACAAUUACGACUGGAUGUUGAAAAAGAACUGGAGAUUCAGAUCAGCAUGAGACAGGAGAUGGAAUUGGCUAUGAAGAUGCUGGAGAAAGACGUCUGUGAGAAGCAGGAUGCCCUGGUGUCUCUGCGGCAGCAGCUGGAUGAUCUCAGGGCUCUCAAGCAUGAACUUGCCUUUAAGCUGCAGAGUUCAGACUUAGGAGUAAAACAGAAAAGUGAACUAAACAGUCGCUUGGAAGAGAAGACUAAUCAGAUGGCUGCUACUAUCAAACAACUUGAACAAAGUGAAAAGGAUUUGGUGAAACAGGCAAAGACCUUAAAUAGUGCAGCAAAUAAACUGAUCCCAAAACAUCAUUAGGGAUUUUAUAGUUGGUCACCUCGCAAGUCUGAUAUCACAACUUAAUUGUAAAAGGAAGAAAUCUGAAAGUUAUUACAUUUAAGCUCUGAUUCUAUAUAAAAUGUCACCAAAAAUUGACUUUGAAUUUGUUGGACUUUUAAAAAGACAGUUUGAUAUGUAGGUUGUGGGGUUUUUCCUUCUUCUUUAUUUUCUCCCCAGAGUUAGAAAAUUUAGUACAAGUUCUUAAUUAAAUGCCAAAUAAACUUUGAGAAAUUACUUCUGAGUUGACCAAUAAAUAAACACACCAAUAAAAAAAAAGCCUAGGGAAUUGAAGCUCUGUACAUAUAUCAUUGAUGCCUUUACAACCCGGUCCCUGACAGUACCAGAUUCUAGGUGCAUUGUCUGUAUCCGCGAGCCUGUUCUGCCAUUGCAGUGUAAUGAACUAGAGGUGACUACCGUAUGGACUUGGACUCUUCUGAAGUAGUUCUGUGUCUCUUAGGCCAUGACCCCUUUUCACUUUUGUUGUAUAGGUUUAAUCCCCAAGCCAAGGAUAAGUACUUAGUAUUUCAAUACAGUUCUAUUCUCAGUAACCAAGAUUGCUUGCAACUUUUCUGCCUUAGUGACUUUGGAGCAAAAAAAACCAAUAGCAUCCUUACAUUUCUUUAAAGUACAUAGAGAUAAAGUUAGUGAUUAGGUAACUUAUGAUAACAUAAUAAUGCGGAAGCUUGGGAAAACUCUCCUAAUAUUUGUCAUCUUCUACCUCUGCCAUUUUCCUGCAAUUCCACUUCCUAUUGAGGUAGCUCAGAGAGAAUAAUUUUAAUGAAAACACUGCUCUCCUAUAAUAAAAAUACACUACACAUUUUUCACAUCUAUCCUGCUUUUCCUUUUGGAGUAAAGACGACAAGGUAUAGACAUGAGUGAUGAUUUCCUGCCUGUGAUUCCUUGCUGGAAACAUUUACUUAAGAGUUUCUGUUACUUUUUAUUCAGAUAGAGAUUUGCUAAAGUUUCUAAUUACAAUCUAAUUAUUAGAAAACCAUUUCAGAGUAGGAAAUACGUAAAUGAUAAACUUACAUUCUUUAUUAUUAUUUAGCCUAAAAAUAAAGAUUCCCAGUAGAUAUCCACAAACAGUAAUGAGUAGGGCUUCUUUUUCUAAGUGACCACAAGAUCUAACCCUUUCUAGGAUUUACAUUGUAAAUAAUCCUAUAAAUACUUUGAUUUUUUUAAAUGACUUUUGAUUUGGGGGGACAGGCUCUACAUAAGCCUUCAUUCCUUUGAAAAGUCUUGGCAAAAUUUUGUUUUUUCUCUUUUCUCUCAUUCUGGUAUGAUUUGCUUAAGUGGGGACAAAGAUAACCCCUUUGCUUCCAGCUCUUGAAAUUCUUUACCUUCGUCUUGGAAAAACUAGAAUUAAGAGAGUAAGGUAGAUUUCAUCUGUGCUUUUAUAGGUCCUUGCAGACUUGAACCAAAGUCAAGUCAAAGAGCAUAUGACCAACCUCAUGGAAGAUCCUGUGCUCUUGAACUUAUUUUAGUUCUUAUAAUUUUGCACCUAUUCUUAUCCUCCUCAACCUUUUGUGAUGAUGAGUUGCCUUUUUUAUGAGCACUUCAAAGGGGUGCUCAAACACGAAAAUAAAACAUUUUAAAGACUACACAUAGCACGCUUUCAAAUUCUAUUAUAUAGAGCCCCAGAUGUUUUACCUUUUAGAACAUGCUUUUUUAUAGGUGCAAAGUUAUAGGAUAUGUAGAAGAAGACAUUCAUCAGAAUCUUCCAGAGAAUAUGGUCGAGAAUCUUAUGCAAGCCUAGUGCUGAAUUGUUUGUCCCCUUAGUAGGAAUGGAAAAGGAAAGAGAUGGCCAAACUCUAGCAAAGGCUUUUCCUUAUAUAAUAACCUGAUGCCUGGUAAGGGUUGAUGUAUAAUGUCCAAUGAUUUACUAUAAUUUGUGGUUUAGGGAAGGGACCAGGAAAAUGUUCUAGUUCCACAUAUAAGAAGGUAGUUGCCCGUUUGCAAGUUGCAGUUAUGUGUGUAAAACAGAAAUACAAGGUACCAAACCUAUUAGGAAAUAAAAACAAACAGAAAAGUGGAUUUAAUUACUGUGUACUUGAGGUUGGCUUUGGAUAUGGAUUUUCUAAAAAGUGAUGUUUUAUUGUUGAUCAUCUAAUGGCUGUAAACUGUAGUACUAGAAUAAAAAAAAAAUGGAAAAUCAA